AGAACAGGGAGGAGUCUCAGAACAAGGAGUAUCAGAAGAGGAGGGGCCUUAGAAAAGGGAGUCUUAGUGCUGGGAGGAACCUAGAGCAGGGAGUGACAGGGGGAGGGGCCUAGAACAGGGAGUGUCAGGGCUGGGAGGAGCCUAGAAUAGGGAGUGACAGAGGGGAGGGAAUGUCAGAGCUGGGGGGAACUUUAGAACAAGGAGUGUCAGGGCUGGGAGAAGCCUUAGAACAGGGAGUGUCAGGGCUGGGAGGGGCCUAGAACAGGGAGUGUCAGGGCUGCGAAGGGCCUAGAACAGGGAGGAGUCUCAGAACAAGGAGUAUCAGAAGAGGAGGGGCCUUAGAAUAGGGAGUCUCAGUGCUGGGAGGAACCUGGAACAGGGAGUGUCAGGGGGAGGGGCCUAGAACAGGGAGUGUCAGGGAUGGGAGGAGCCUAGAAUAGGGAGUGACAGAGGGGAGGGGCCUAGAACAGGGAGUGUCAGGGCUGGGAGGAGCCUAGAACAGGGAGUGUCAGGGCUGGAAGGAGCCUAGAACAGGGAGUGUCAGGACUGGGAGGAGCCUAGAACAGGGAGGCCCCUCAGAACAGGGAGUGUCAGGGGGAGGGGCCAAGGACAGGGAGUGUCAGGGCUGGGAGGAGCCUAGAACAGGGAGUGUCAGGGCUGGGAGGAGCCUUAGAACAGGGAGUGUCAGGGCUGGGAGGAGCCUUAGAACAGGGAGUGUCAGGGGAGGGGCUGAGGACAGGGAGUGUCAGGGCUGGGAGGAGCCUAGAAUAGAAAAUAUCAGGGCUCCCCUGGCCCUUAGAACAGAAUCUUAGUUCCUCCAGUUGUUUUGAGCAGACCUCAUCCCCAAACCAGAAAUGUAGGUUUCUGGGACAUCUAACAAGGGGCUUAGGGAUCCUAACAUCUCCUCCUUUUCUAUUAAAGGAGAUUCAGGGGUGUUGGGAGAAGAAAUGAUGAAUCCAAGGUCACACGGAGGCCUCCUGGCACCCUCCUCUCUCAGGGGUGGCUGAAGUUUUCACCUCAUCUCCUGCUGGGGGAUGGGAGGCUUUGCCCCAUUAGCCAGGGAGCAGAGGAGUUCAUCUGUCAGCCCAGGCUUCCCUUCCAUCUGCAUUUCCUGUGUGCUGUCCUCUCAGGGCUUGGGCUCCUCUCUGCCCUCUGCCCUCUGAAGGACUGAGCUCGUGUCAUUCCGUGAGCGCCCAGUAGAGCUUAGGGCCCAUCCUCAGCUGUCUCUUCCCUGUGACCCAGGAGAUGGACCAAAGCUGAUCUGGGCUAAUCAGGGUUGGGAAAGGAGGCCCGGUGGAGGGAAGGGCAGGAGGGGGUGGGGUGGGAAGCAGUUACCACCUCCUUCCUUAUUGUCCUCUUCCCUAGUGACCAGGUAACAGUCUGGGCUCUGGCUGCCAACACCCGCAGGACCCAAGGAGGGGACUCCGUCUGAGCAGAGCCGGACCAGGCUUAGCCUCUCUCCCAUCCAAGAGCUGCUGUGCCAGGCCCCUGCGGACACUGAGGCAACCAUGAACAGAAUCUUUCCUCAGCCAAGGGCCUUGGAAGAAAACACAGAGGGGGAAAUCAAGACCUUUGCUGGGGAGGAAGAUUGCUGUGGUCCCUUCUCCUGCUGCAGCCGCCGCGGUUUCUGGCUCUCUGUCUGGGCCUUGCUCCUCCUUGUGUCUCUGACUGCCGUCCUCUGGCUGGUCAGCAGCUUCGGACUCCCACCACCGGCUCCUGUGACCAGGGCCUGUGCGACUGCCUCCAACCAGACGGGUUUCCUAUGCGAUGACCGCCAGACGUGUGUUCCCGCCAGCCUCGUGUGCGACGGCGUCCGCACCUGCCCACGUGGAGAGGAUGAAGACUCGGCUUUAUGCGGCAAGUGUGGGCUCGAGCCCUCGCUGGCCCUCAGGGAGAGGGGGAGGAGCACCGGCCCCCCGGGGAGCCAGGGCCCAGCCUCUGUGAUUUCUUUGGCCAGACCUGUGACGGGGUGUAGAGGCUUCUGGGUAAGGGGAGUCCCCGUCAGCCUCUGCUCCUCUCGGGCCGAACGGGUCAGAACCUUGACCUUGGGGUCUCCGUCACCGCCCUGGGACGCUAGCCUGCCCCUUAGCCCCACGGCUCGGAUUGGGACACCGAGGCCCCGAGAGAAAGGGGCCGCCCAGUCACAGACCAUCGGCUGCCCUUUGCGGAAGAUGCUCCUUUCCCAGAACCCUCUUCUCUCAGCCGCCCUCAGGACACAAAGCUUACCGUGGACCUCCUUUCCUGCCGGCCUCUUUCUAGGGAACGUCCCCCACAGCCUGCCCAGCUUCUUGGUGUUCCGAUGCAGCCGCCCCACCGCCUGGACCUUUGAGGACAAGAGAUGCGACGGGUCCAACGACUGUGGAGACUGCUCUGAUGAAGGCGCCGUGGCCCGCUGCCCACCCUGCGGACCUCAGGGGUGGGGCUGCACCCCCACCUUCUUCCAGUACUGCGGCUGCGUGCCUCGGCGCCUCUGCCGGGACGGGGUGCAGCACUGCUCCGACUGGUCCGACGAGUACGCCUGUCCCGGGCGCUGAGGACGCUUCCGUGCGGCCUCCCCCCUCGGCCUCCCGGGCUGCGGCUAACAGGAGGCAGAAACCCAAGAUCCUCCCUGCUGCCCGGUGCCGACAGUCUACGUGCUGGGGAUUCCACGGCAGAAGCCCUGGGUUCGAAUCCGCUUCUCCCACCGCCCAAUCGGGCGCCUCUUCCCACCCCAAAGCCGGCUCCUCGGACUUCCCACCAACCCACCCGAGCCCGUCCCUUCCGUGACCCAAAGCCGGGCCGUGGCGGGCUUGUGGGUGGGAGGGGAAGGGCCGGCCGGCCUGGGGCCCGGCUGCAGUCCCGAUGCUGGGCCAGCAGCGAAGGAGGCAUCGCAGGGCCGCCCGGCGGCGUUCUGGAAAACCACGAGGACGGAGGGACCUUUUCAAAGGGCCUAAGAUGGCUGCGUCCUGGGAGCCAGGCGUGCCCUCGGGGCUCCCAGGCAGAAGGGCAGAGAGCCGGCCCUGGCGACACCCAGCCGGGCGUCUGAGGCCUCAUUGGAACUCCCGAAGGGUCCCAGCUGUGGCUCUCCCCGGACCCGGCCCUUCCCAACUUCCCAGGCUGGGGGCGAGCCAAGAUGGCGGCCCAGGAGCGCCUAAAGCGCCGGCGUCUCCGACGAUCCCCCCAAAGCUUCCCAGAAAAACCAAUCCAAGGCCAACAAGACGCUGUGAGACUCCUACGGAAAACCCCGGAUGGGCCGGCCAAUGCUCGCACCGCCAGGGCCUCCCCUCGCCUCGCCUCGGCUCAGGAGCUCAGCAUCGUCCUGGCCCCGCCCCCCUCCCCUCUGCACCCCCCCUUCCAGGCCACCCUCCACUCGGCGUCAAAGUGAUCCUCUGAAAGGGUCGCUCUCAGCGUGGCACCUCCCUGCGUUCCCUCCGCUCCAGGGGCUCCCCGGCACCUCCAGGGCCCGCCUCUGACCCUCCUCACACUGACGUCUUCCACACGCUGUGCUCUGGAAUCUACCUCCAUAGCCCGAUCCCCGGAUCUCCCAUCUCCGUGCCUUUGUCCUGGCUGUCCCCAUGCCUGGGAUGCCCCUUCGGCUCCCUUCAAGCCUCCGAAGCCUCCGCUCAAAUCCUGUCUUCUCUGUAGAAGGCCUGCUUGGCCCCUCGGCUACGGGCCUUCCCUGAGAUUACCUUGUGUACCCUUUGCACCACAGAGAUGCACUUAUAGGCCCAUAACCUACAUGUGAAAGGACAUGUAAAAACUCACGUGUGCUUCUACAACUGGGUACACACGUAUUCACACAUGUAAAUGCACAUGACAUGCAAUUUGUAGAAACAUGUAUAUUAUAUGUGCUCGUAGUUGUGGGCAUAGAAACACACGCCGUAUCACAUAUGUGUAUAUAUACAUAGAAUGCAUUCUAUAUAUAACCUGUGUGUUUACAUACUUAAGUGUGUGUGUAGACAUGUAGAGCUCUCUUCCACACAAUACUAAUAUGGAAAAAUGUUUUCCAGGAUUACGCGUGUAAAAUCUCUGUCCGAUUGCUCACCGUGUCAGGAAGAGUGGAGGGAGGGGGGAGGAUCAGGAAAAGGGAGGCGAUUUGGAACUCAGAACUUUUAAACAAGCAAAUAUUUUUUUUAAUUGUUUUUACAUGUAACGGGAAAAUAAAAUAUUAUUUCAAGAAAGAAA